AAUCUAAUCAAAGAGGCAUACCACUCCUCUCUCAUGGACCCUGACACCAAACUAAUUGGAAACAUGGCACUAUUACCCAUUAGAAGUCAAUUUAAAGGACCAGCUCCGAGAGAGACAAAAGACACAGAUAUUGUGGAUGAAGCCAUCUAUUACUUCAAGGCCAAUGUCUUCUUCAAAAACUACGAAAUUAAGAAUGAAGCUGAUAGAACGGUGAUCUACAUAACUUUUUACAUUUCUGAAUGCUUAAAGAAACUCCAGAAGUGCAACUCAAAAAGCCAAGGAGAGAAAGAAAUGUAUACAUUGGGAAUCACUAAUUUUCCUAUUCCCGGAGAACCAGGUUUCCCUCUUAAUGCAAUUAAUGCCAGACCUGCAAAUAAACAAGAAGAUGUGAUGAGGGCCUACUUACAGCAGCUUCGACAAGAAACUGGUUUGAGGCUUUGUGAAAAGGUCUUUGAUCCUCAGAGUGACAAAUCUAGCAAGUGGUGGACUUGCUUUGUGAAGAGGCAGUUCAUGAACAAGAGCCUUUCAGGGCCUGGCCAGUGACCGGAUCUCAUGCAGUCCUUCCCAGUGCAGCAGCAUCCAACGUCUGGGAACAAGAUAUACACAGUACUUGCCCUUUGUUUUGUGAAAUUUUAUACUAAGAAAGAGGAGACACAUCCUUACUGGAAAAGCCCUUUAUCACGAAGGUUGGGGCUUAAGGAUCAUUUGAGAAUUUUUGCAAUGUUAAGCUGGUGGUGCUUAAUGAUAAUAAAAAAAAUUUCUAACAAAAAAAAAGGAAGAAGAAAACCAAAUUGCCAGUAUCAAAAAUGAAAAAGGUGAAAUCACAACCAAUGAAGAAGUUAAAGCAAUUAUUGGAUGUUAUUUUGCCCAAAUAUAUGCCAAUAAAUCUGACAACCUUAAGUGAAAUAGAUGAAUAUUUACAAAAAGUAUAAACUGUCUAGAUUAACAAAAGAGGAAAUAGAAUACUUUACUCAUCACAGAACAAAAUUGAACAAAUCAUCAAAGAAUUCCCUAAGAAAAAGGCUCCAGGACCAGAUGGAUUCACAAGGGAAUUAUACCAAACAUUUAAAGAACAAUUAACUCUAAUACUACACAAACUAUUUGGAAAAAACUGAGGAAGAAGGAAUUCUUCCAAAUUACUUUUAGACACAAAUAUGGUAUUGAUGUUUAAACCAGGAAGAGCUAAAACAGAGAAAGAAAACUAUACCCCUUCCUAAUCAAUAUUGAUAUAAAAAUUUGAAAUAAAACGCUAGCAUUAUGUCACAAGGAUCAUGCACCAUGACCAGGUGGGUUUUAUAUCAAGAAUGCAGGGGUAUUUCAGUAUUAGGAAGACUAUCAGUAUAAUUGACCAUAUCAGUAACAAAACCAACAGAAAUCAUGAUAUUUCAAUAGAUAUAGAAAAAGCCUUUGACAAAAUACAAUACCCAUUCCAUAUAAAAAAGUUAGAAAAAAUAAAAAGAGCUUUAAUUAAAGUGAUGAAGACCAUCUAUCUAAAAACAUCAGCAAACAUUAACCCUAAUGGGGAUAAACUAAAAAUCCUUUCCAAAAUAAGAUCAGGAUUAAAGCAAGGAAACCCACUCUCACCACUCCUAUUUAAUCUUAUACUGCAAACCCUAGCUAUAACAGUAAGAGUGGAAACAGAAAUUGAAGGAAUUAGAAUAGAUGAUGAGGAAACAAAACUAUUAGUCUUUGAGAUGCUAGGAGAGUAUACAUAGGGAACUCCAAAGAAUCAACCAAAAAAACUAAUAGAAAUAAUUAACAACUUUAGCAAAGUUGCAAGAUACCAAGUAAAUCUAUAUAAAUCAUCAGCAUUUCUCUUUACUACCAGAGAAGCUCAAUAGCAGGAAAUUGAAAAAGAAAUUCAAUUUAGAACAGUUGUAGACAUUAUUAAAUACUUAAGAUUUUACAUGUAACAUGAUUAUAAAACACCUUUCACACAAAUAAAGUCAGACCUACACAAUUGGAAAAAUAGUAAUCACUCAUGGAUAUGAUAUGAUAAACCAGCAAGAUAAAAAUGACAAUUGUACCUAAAUUAAUUUACCUAUUUAGUGCCAUACCAAUCAAACUGCCCCCAAAUUAUUUCUUAUAACUAGAAAAAAUAAUAACAAUUCAUCUGGAAGAACAAAAGGUCAAAAUAUGAAGGGUACAAAUGGAAAAAAUACGAAGGAAGGAGACCUAGCUGUAUUAGUCCUCAAACUAUGUUAUAAAGCAGUAACCAUCAAAACAAUCUGGUACUGACUAAGAAAUAGAAUAGUGGAUCAAUGAAAUCGGUUAGGAAAUCAACACAUAGUACUUAAUGGCUAUAGUAACUUCGUGUUCAAUAACCCCACAGAUCCAAGCUUAUGGGGGGGGGGGCACGGAGAGAACUCAGUAUUUGGCAAAAACUGCUGGGAAAACUGGAAAAUAGUAUGACAGAAUUUAGGCAUAGACUAACACAUCAUACUGUGCACUAGGAUUAAGUCAAAAUGGAUACGUGAUCUAGAAGUAAAGGGGGAUAUCAUGAAUUAAAGGAACAUGGAAAAGUUUACUUCAGACUUAUGGAUAAGAGAAGAAUUUAUGACCAAACAAGACAUAGAGUAUUACAAAAAUGGAAAUGGAUCAUUUGAUUACAUGAAAUUAAAAAGGCUUUGCCUAAGUAUAUGACAAUAAAUCUGAUAAU